AUGAAUUCUUUCUCGAUGAGCACGCUCGCAAAGAGCCUCCCUUCAUUAUCCCGGCCAUGUCAGCCCAGGACAGUAAUUUCAUGCGGCUUUCGAUCCUUCUCCACAUCCCUAAAGGACUCCGCUGCGGCGAAUCGACAGGAACAGAGCAUUGAAAACCAGCUCCUCGAUCGCGAUACCACAUCCUCCAAGGCUUCGCCUCUGGCUGCCAUUACCAAGAUGAUGCAAGGAGAUAGCUCCUCUUCGGCCUCGCGAGUUAGUUCCGACUACUCUAGACUCGCUGAGCGCUUGGAAGCCGACAUGAUGAAAAAUCCCUACGCUGACCGUGCUCCUCCACACCACCUCCACGUUUACUGCCACAAACACAACACCCUUAUAACACUCACCAAGCCGAACGGUAACCCAAUGAUGUCUCUGGGAUGUGGUCAGAUUGGCUUCCGCAAAGGCGGUCGCUCAGGCUUUGACCCGGCAUAUCAAUUGUCGUCUCAUGUCAUGUCGCAGAUCCAGGAGCGGGGAUAUCUGCUGGAUAUCAAGCGGCUAGAGGUUAUUUACCGUGGGUUUGGAAAGGGUCGUGAAGCAUUCACUAAGGUGCUUCUGGGUAACGAAGGCCGCAACGUUCGGGGACUCGUCAGCCGGGUAUCAGACUCAACUCGUAUCAAAUUCGGUGGUACCCGUAGCCGCAAGGUCCGCAGACUGGGUUAA